AUGCGAAGGCCAGACGGCGGUUUUUUCCCGAUUGAUUUACGUGGGGCUCAUCGAAGUGGGAUACUCCGCGGGCGCGCGGUGCCCGCUCGGCGCCGGCGUGCACUGCGUUCGCUUGCCACACUGUGCCCGCUGAGUCUGCAGGUGGGCAUGGAGUUGGCAUUGCUUACUACCCGUGCCCAUAGACCUGUUGUCGACCAGCAUGCGCUUGAGCCUACUGUGCUCGCAGUGCCUACUACAGCGACAGUUGCAGAACGCAGACAAUCCGUGACUCAUAGAUUGUCUACUAUUCCUUCAAGUAGAGUCCAAGACUUCAAUUUGUCUCCGGCGCCCCAGAGGCCCACCGAACCCACGGAAUUCAGGGCUUAUCGAGGUCCUCAGCAGCCCAUAGGUGUUGAGGGGCGCUCUACCAGUGGGUUCGAACUGUGUAGGAUUGCAGGGGUAUCAGAUCUAGAAACUUUCCUCAGCAGUAGAAUCGAAUCCGGUACAGCUGGAAAUAUGAGCGUUGACAGGAAUUGGGCAUGGCUUCUGAGCGCCUACGGCCUAGCCAAUCACCACGGGGCCCGUGCAGUGGAACAACUGUUGCGCCAGGCCAUUGCAUCAACCCGAAUAUCAGAUCCAUUUCUGGAUAGGCGGGUGCCUCUACUACCUUCUUCAUUCCUGAGCAAUAUACUCGUGCAGGUUGACCUCGACAUCACCAUCGUUAUGGAAUCUCAAGAAGAGGGUGAAACGCGUCAUAGCCAGGAUCAGCAAGACGGAGGGACUCGUCUUCACAGUGCUCUCCCUUCCCCCGAGAACAGCAACAGCAGUCACUGCAGGAGCGGCGUUGCUGGAGCACAGGAGGCAGAACCUCUAGCACAGAUGCGAACGCCAGUGAACGUCGGCAGCAGUAUCACCGAAAACUGCAUCAGCAGCUCCAACAGCAGCAGCCGUGGCAGUAGCAUCAGCAGCCCAUUCAACAGGAGCAGUAGUAUCAACAGCAGCGACAGCAGGCUUGGCAGCAGUAGCGGUAGGACCUAUAGCACCCAGCGGCAGUCUUCCAUGCGGUCUCACUCAGGAGCCACCGCUUUUUUGGCGGCGUUGGAGGAGCAAUCUUGGGACUCUCAAUCUUCUAGAGAGGUAGAAGGACACUCGAACGACUCUGAGGCGAAUCAUCAAACCCGUGCAGCAAUGGAAGCGGCUGAAGCUGGAGGGACACGAUCUAUAGGCAGCUUACCUGGCUCUAGCGCUGAGCAUUCAUUUCUCAACAGUGUAGAGGCCGGUGCAGAUGGUUCUCAGGGGCACCUGCACGCCCCUUGGCAGAUUCCCCGCCCUUCAGAAACAAUGGUUGGCCCGUCUGAAGGGCAGGAGGCUCCCUUUAUCGUUGCUGGUUGCCAGUAUUCUGAAGGAAACAUCGCCCAGCAGACAGUGAGCGGCGGCGCUGUCGCUGCUCCUGCUCAGGGGAUAGCUGAUCCGCCGAACGGGAGCGGCCCUCCAGCCGCCCAGUUCCGCGUCUUCCCCGAUCGCGCUCAGCCUGCGUCGGGGAACUGUACAGUGCCAUUCCAGAGGCCUCUGGGGGGCAACCCAGAGGAAUGGGGCUGGAUGUCAGAGGAGCUUCCGAGCUACGCCUCUGCCUGGGACCCGCCACCUCCCUUGCAUAUGGACCUUCCUGCGCAGGCAACAGAGGGUGAGAGGCAAAUGCUCGAAGAAUAUUAUGUGGAAACCGAAAGAGGAAGAGCUGAACUCCAUUAUAUCAGAACCUUCUACUUCGUCCCCCCAGUUCGGAGAUACCUUCAAUUUUGCUCCAACCGUGGAUUGAGGGUUCCUAGCCUUCAAAAUAUCCCAACUGGGCAUCCAACGAUUGAACAAGUCGAUGCAUAUCUUGCCUAUCUAGGCCGUCAGCCCGACACUUCGAUGUACGGCGAAACACGAACUGCAAUGUUCCAUGCUCUGCAGGCUGCAGAGGCUACUACAGAAGUUGCAGCGGCAGCUACUGAAGCAGCUACUGUAGAGAACGUUGAAGAUGAUAAUGCAGGAUACAUUGAAUGGUGGGAUUACUCGGACGAUGGGUCUUUCGAUUAUUCAGACGAUUUCACGGAAACGGCAUCAGGAACAGAUCUGGAAAGUGCAUCGGAAACUGCUUCCGGAACUGGAUCGGAAACCCAAUCGGGGUCGGCAUACGAGGGCUUAUCGGAGGAGGAAUUUGAGUGGCCAGAAGACGCUUCAGGCCACAAUCUAGAAGAUGCACUCUCCGUUACAUCCAACGAUGCCUCCGACUCUUUGGGGGACUUUACGCCCGAUGUUGAAGAAGACGUUGCCUUCGACAUUGCAUUUGACGGUGCUUCGGAUGCCGCAUCUGAUGAUGCAGCAAGUGCCUCAUCCGAGGCUGAACCUGAAUCUGCAUCCGACAGAAAAUCCGAAGCUAACCCCGCAGCUGCAUCCGACGCUGCAUUGUCCGAUGCAGAAGCAACAGCUGGUAGUGAUCCAAUAGCUGACGCCGGCAGAGCGCCAAGCCCCACGGAGGUGCCUCUGACGCCGGACGAUGCGCUGAUUGGUUCCUGGGUGGAGGAGCAGCUUGGCGCAGACAGUUGGUUUGUCUCGCCCGAAAUGUCUGCGCCUCUGUCUCCACCUGCCGAGAGAGAGAUCCUCCUUUUGAAGCCCAUAAGGACCAACGGGUGGCGGCCCCCAGCGCACGGAGAGGCCCAGCGCCAGCAAUGCCGGGGGGCCUCCUUAGAUCGAGCCCAACUACAGCAGCAGACGGCUAAGCGGGAGGGAGAGGAGCAGGAGCAACGACAGCAGAAGGAGCAAGAGCAACGACGGCAGCUGGAACAGGAGGAACGACGGCGAGAGGAGCUUGCACGGUCCCAGUCGCCUUGCCUCUAUAACCGUAUUUCGUCCAUUGAGUCCUCGGGGCCUCUCCGGCCCUGUUGUCUCCGCAGAGGUGAAACUAGUUCCGCUGACCCGAAUUCGACUGCAACUUUGGAUCAAGGCCCUGCAGCUGCCCGUGCUCAACAUGCCUCUUGUGAGGGGUCCCUGUCUGUAGCCCACGGCUUUAACGACGAGAACGUCUCUCAAGUGCCUCAGCAAGGAAAUGCGCAGCAGUUCGUGGGGCGUUCACAGCGGCAGCAAACAUCUCACCGCCCAGCUGAACUCGGCAGAGCGCCAGGCAGCAGUGCGGCAGCGAAUUCGUUUCCGGCAACAUCUCAACGGCCCCUGUCCCCGAGAGGAUGUAGGUUGUUGUCUUCUUCUAUCCUGCAGUUCGAUGGCAUUGUGUUACUUGGCGCAGAGAUUACCUCGCCCGCCGCUCCCUUCAGGGAAGGCCCUUUGAGGAGGCCUCCUUCAGCGGAGGCCUUGUUCCAGACUACGGCGCAGGGCCCUUCGGAUCCGCAUAACUCGGGCAGUGAUGAGCAAACGGAGAGUGUCUACCGGCUACUCUAUACUGAGUACCCGCGAGAAGCCUGGGUAGAAGAACAGGGCUCCUCCACGCCUCUCCUUGCAGGUACAGACAUAGAGGAGCCCAGAGAGAGUUCCUUGGCCUUGCCUGUUAAUGGCAGGGGCACUGGCGUUGGCGGGCCCUCGGAAGCAGCUGCAGACUACGGCAGCACUCAGCCGCUGCAACGAGACGAAGUGGAGGAGCAACUGCGCCGGACCCAAGCCCAUGUGGAGAAUAUCGAAAGGAUCUUGCAACGCUUCGGGCAGAUGAUGGAGUUCGUAGAGGAAAGAAAUAUGUUUCCAUCAAACAGCGAAGGGUAA